AUGAGUGAGAGGAUCUCGGAAUUACGCUUCCGCUCGGGAAAUGUUCCUCCACGCUUUUUCAAGGCAUGUCGUUGGUGCAGAAAACAAAAGAUGCGCUGCGAUGCACGCAGUCAAGUCCCCUGUGCGCGUUGCCGCAGUGCUGGUCGCGACUGUAUUCUCGAUCCCAUCGUGGAUGGAAGACGGCGCAGUCAGCGCCACAUUUCUCCAAGGCCCUCUCGACGACAGAUAGCACGAUCUCCGUGGAAUGAACCGACCGGUUUCGAAACACCCUCAACCAGAGAACAGGAAUACUCGCCCGGCCCCGGUGCUCAGGAGAACCCACUGGAUAGCUCUCUCGACUCUUUACCGGAGCCUACCGAGCUACGUUCACCAGGAACCUCCGAGCAGCACGGUCAAGACAGGCAGCAGCUGAGUCCCAACGACAUGAUUGCCCCGGUCUCAGUCAUGCACUCCAUGUCCGUCAACCUACUAGGGUCUAGCAGUCAGAUCUUUAUGGACAGUCCGAACAAGGCCGACCUCAGGAGCGACAUCAUUGCUCGAGGCAUCAUCAGUGAGGAGCAGGCGCGGUCCAUGUAUGAACGCUUCUUCAACGGCAGUAAAAACUUCCUCGCAUUGUUUGAUCCCAUCCGAGACACCUUCGAUUCCAUCCGAUCGCGCUCGCUCUUUUGCUUCUCGGUCAUGAUCUAUAUAGCAAGUCGGGCAGUCAUCGACCUAAGAAGUAACACGCAUUUGCAGCGAGUAUUACAAGAUGAAGCGCAGAGACUGGCCGAAGACAGCUUCUUUGAACGACCUACAAAAGUUGAAACGGUUCAAGGAAUGGUCUUGCUUGCGGCCUACUCAGAAAAAACCUGGUUCUCGACAGCUCUUAUUCUACGCACUGCACUUGACUCUGGUCUCGAGAAAUCUCUUGAUACCUUGCUUUCACAGCAAAACGUCCCCCGAAGUGCUCUCUCCGCUACUCUUGAAGAACGGAAGCUGGUGUGGCAGACAAGAGCAUGGCUGAUCAGCUUCACACUCGAACUGGAUGUCGCAUCUGGGACAGGUCGGAAGUCAAGGAUUGACGCUGUCGAUACUACGAAACUACGCAAGUUUCUCGAUUACCCGCUGUCAUUGCCUUACGAUAUGCGCACAGUAUCUAUCAUCGAGAUCCAUCAGCUUCGGAGCCAAUUCCGCAUUAUCGUCGAGAACUCAAAGACCAUUCGCGACAUAGUUGGCGUUGAACUCCCAGCUGCCAUGGCAAGGUUUGAGGCAUGGUGGAAUAACUGGGAUGAGAUCCAUAACAACAACGGAUUUCAUGCAGGUGCGUUUCAACGCUGCAGUCUCAAGUUGAUGCAUAAUUAUGCUCGAAUAUUCGCAGUCUGCGCGUCGUUGGCGCGAAUCCAGAAGCUACAGUGCGGCAGCACAGAAUCAGACUCAGACGUAGAUGAUCCGGAUGUGUCCCAUCUAUGGCGCUCGCUUGCUUCAGCAAUCAUGGACCAAUUAGGUUUGAUCAUUUCGGAAACAUCAUACCGUUGUCAAUUGUCGUGGACUCCGACGUACCCAGCUUUGACCAUUGCAUUUGUCACAACGUUUGCGUUACGGAUUGCAAGAUGGCGCCCGGACUUGAUUGACCAGGACCUGCUCCUUGAAAGAGCACAACUCAUAUGUGACCUCCUCAAACAACCCCCGUACCCGGAUAUUCACCGAACCGUGUCAAUCUUCGUGAAUUAUGGUCGCGCGCUUGUCGCCAGCCAGCGUGGACAGGAAGAAAGCUGCUUUCAGGUUCCUGAUGGUUCCCGCUGUGCAGACGCGCAUCCUUCUUUGGCCAAGGAACUAGACGGUGGUAAAGUACCAAUCUCGACCUUAUCCGCAUUGUCAGAGCAAUCCGGCUAUGGAGCCACGGAGACAAUGCACCAAGGGGUCAAAGAUACAGACCUGCUUUCGAUGCCCAAUACCGACAGACCCGCCCCUCCCAGGCAGUUCCCACUCCGGCCACCAGGACCAAUGGAAGCUCCGAAUUGGAAUUUAUGUCACCCAAUUGCAGACUCGUUUGGUCUGUUCGAAGAAGAACAAAACGACAUAUUCGACUUCCUCCCUGCAAUGCCCUCGAUGCCGCAGUAACCGAGAUCUUUGAGUAUCUUGACAUAGUCAGCAAUACAUCUCUCACGUCAGGGGAAUGCCAUGUAUGUAUGAAAAACUGGUUCCGUGCGC